GUUUGCAAAAACAUUUGAAAUAAAUAGAUAUACAUUAGGAUAAUGUAUAUCUUUUUAUAAUUUUAAUACCUGUUCUGAGUUGAAUGCGAAAAAUAUAGAAAGGUUUUUUUACACGUCUUUGUUAUAAGCACCCGUAUAUAGUCGAGUUUAGAGUAGUGGAAAAUAUCUGUGUAUAAAAGCCAGCAUAAUAUCGUCAAAAUGUAUCAGUCUCCAGUAAUUUCAACACAGUGCUGUACAGUCUUCAACACAGCUCAAGAUGUCCUACAGAACUUCAAUCGCGUCUUCUGAAUCAGAGAAUGAACAUUUUGAAGACCCGGCAGAUAUAAAAAUGAAACCAUCUGCAUCAAAAAGCAAACAGAGUUUAAAACGUGGUGCUGAAAUGAAUACAGAAAAAACCCUAAAAAAAGGCAGACAGGCUACUUCAUCAUCAUCAUAUAGAGAUAACGUUGGUGAUCUUUUUAGAUUAGAAGAUUAUGAGGAAGAAGUGACCAGUCAUUGA